AUGCGACGGAGGGUGCCAUGUAGUCGAUGGUGGAGGGUUUGGGGGCUGACGCACGGCCUCACCACCGCCAAUCCCUGGGUCCUGGUGGUCGCGGCUGCGCCCUGCCGCGCCUUCCGCGGCGAAACCGCCACCGUCGCCGUCGUCACGACGGUGAGAGAGGGCGCCGCGGCGAUCCGGUGGCGGGGAGGACUCCGAGGGCAGACGUUCCAAAGCCACCCCGACGGAGAGACACGCCGAGACGCCCCUGCCAUUGGGAGCCCUUCGGUCUUAACUCGGUUGUAAGUUCGAUUGAAAAGGUGGAGGGCCCGGGGACGCGAAGAGUCAAGGAGUCGGUGAACGACUCGAAGGACGAAGACGGAUCAGACGUCGC